UUUCUGUUUCUGAGCAACAAAUCCAACCUGGCCCGGCAAGAAACAAUUCAUAUCUCGUAAAAAAAUAGUGAUUCACCUGCAGCCAGGAGCUCUGCUGUUCCGCCAGCCCAGCCYGACAAUUCUUCAUGAAGCUGCUGCUGAUCGUCCUGGCUGCGGUUUCGGCGCUCGGGUUUGUGACUACAGAGAGACCAUCAUGUGUGAAACGUGCAGCGUUUUCCUCCACCAACUUUGAGAACAUCCUGACCUGGGAGACRGAGGCAGAGAUUCCCCCUGGCACCGUGUUUGAUGUCCAGUACAAGCAGUAUGGAGAGAAAUCCUGGCUCAGCAAGCGUGAGUGCCAGAGCAUCACUCRGCUCUUCUGCAACCUCUCACAAGAAACAGAGAAUUUCACGGAGCUCUACUACGGCCGGGUGAGGGCUCGGGGCUGCUCCUCCACUUGGGUUCACUCCGAGCGCUUCCAGCCCCACAAAGAGACCGUUAUAGGGCCACCAGAGCUGGAAUUUUUCCCCUUUGUGCGUUCCAUAAAAUUCCUGAUCCGUCCCCCGCUGACCCCGCUGCGGGGGGAGGAUCAGCAGCAGCUCACGGUGGAGGACAUUUACAGCAAAUUCCAGAGUGUGGAUUAUCAGCUGAUAAUGUUCAACCCGAGGACACGGCAGCAGUGGACAAAGACUGAGCACAACAAAGAAUUUGAGGUUUCCAACCUGGACCCGGACACUGAGUACAAUGGNACUGGCUGUGUCAUUUUUCUAACCCGUUUCUCUGUUUUUCUCUCCCCAUCCCCAGACAGGACGUGGAUUCUGUAUUUUUUGGUGGCUCUGGCAUUCUGUGCCGGGCUCCUCUUUGCUGCUGUGGCUUUUGUGAUUUACAAAUACAUCAAAGAGCGCCGUGCCCAGCCCCGAGCCCUGGAUUUCAGAGGGAUCCCAUCGUUCCAGCCCCUCACGCUGACAGUGGAGCACAUCAUAAAACCCCUGAAUUUAUCCAAACCUUCCCUUUUCCUCCCCGAAGUGCAGCUGGCACAGAUGAGCCAACACUUAGACUGGGCUUUGGAGCCAGCCCGGCCUUUCUGUCCCUACCAGCAGCAAAUUGAAAUUCCAACAUUCCAGCUGCCCCCUCGACAUUCCCAGCUGGAAAUCCUGAUGGAUUAUGCUCCCCAAAAAGCUGAGCAGAGCAUCCCUGCUGGCAAAAAYCUGGCCCUGACCUAUGGGGUGUGCGGGGAUGGCACAGAGAGCAGAUCACAACCCCAGCAGAUGCUGAAGGAACCUUCUCCAGAUGUUUCUGUGCUUGGAGAGCUCCAAACGGGGCUGGGAAAGAGCUGCAACCACUGGGAUUACAAAGAGCAGCAGCCAAAGGUGGCCCUGGGGAAGGGCAGGGACAGAUUGGAGUCAGUCGUGCUGCAGAUGCUGGAAAACGAAAACUGUGGGUCCCAACUGGAAAAUGCAGAAUGUCUGGAAAAUGCAGACUGUGUGUCCCCACUGUCCCUGUCCCUGCUGGAGCACAGGGGAUGUUACAGACAGCAGGCAAAGCUGCCACCACUGYUGGCUGCAGAAAAAACUGACCCAGAUUAUGCCCCUGAGGAUCCACUGCUGCCUCCUCUGUCAGCUGCUCUCCUGCUCUCGGUCAGGACUGGGGAUGAUUUCCCUGAGGAGAAUUCCCAGGAGCAGUGGAUGCUGCUGGAAUCGUUCCCAUAUUCUGCACAGAAAGUGAAAAUGGCAGAGAUUGAGGAUGUGGAAAUGUUCCCARUGGAGAAAAAGCUGAGCUGCACAGAACUGAGCACAGAGCCCAGCUCAGCACACACCAGCACUCCUCUCACCAUGCUCUUCAAAGAUUUGGACUUAAAAGUGCAGUGGGAUGAGGAUGAGAGCACGGGAUUUUAUUAGGAUGGUUUUGUGGUGUUAAAAUCCUGUUUGUGUUUUCUUGUGUGGAGCAGAAGCGAUGCAAAAACCCAGCUAAGCCUGGCUCUAUGAACACAGCACAAACCCAGCUAAGCCUGGCUUUAUGAACACAGCACGGGGCUUCAGACUGAUCCAUCGUGGACUUUGAGUCCUUUACUGAUAAAAUAACUCCUUGUUAUACUGCAAUUCUGUGUGUUUGCACUUAAACAACAGGCCUUUGUUUCUUUUAUAUUCUCAAAUUUAUUACGYAUUGGAUUACUUUAAAAGCUGAGCUAAGAUUCACUCCCAGCUCCAGAUUCAGCUGACUGAAAAUGCAGCAAAAUUCACAGCAGAAACUGUCUUUGCUCUUUACCAACACCAAAGAUCCAGAGGUUCCCACUCUGAAGAAAUUCAGGGAUGCAAACCUAAAAGAAUUUAUGUUUCCCACCCUUUGAAGAAAUUCAGGGAUGCAAACCUAAAAGAAUUUAACGUAUUUUGGUACAGCAGAAAGAGUAAAUAGACAUUUGGAGAAAUGACUCUUGGAAAACAGAAUUCUGCUUGCCUGGGAUGGACUUUGCCUCUAAAGGAGUCCUUGAAACUGGGGAACAGCUCCUGAGGCAGCAGUUGUGUAAAACACACCCCUGUUCUGCUGAGCUUUUAAUACCUGUACUAAGAUAAAGCCAUUUUUAAUACCUGUACAGAGAUAAAGCCAUUUUUAAUACCUGUACUAAGAUAAAGCCUUUUUCAUCUCUGCAGCAGAUUCAUGCAGCCUUGGCCCAGUUCUGAGAUUUCUCAGCUGCCGUUUCUUCAUUUUUCUCUGCAAUAAUCACACAUUUUUUU